ACAGAGAUCCGUCAGCCACUGAAUGAAUUCCAUAUACCCACUGAGGAGAUUAUGCCGAUAAAUGGAGGGAGACACGUUCUCGCAGUACCGGCUGAUAGACGAGGGAGACGCGCUCAAAGUACUGCAUAAUUGCCCGACAAAUCAGGCCAUAACAACGAUAAUAAUUAUAUAUGUAGCAUCGAGGCAACUGAGCUUGCAGGAGGACACUGUCGAUGAAUAACCAUGUCAGGAAUUGCACUCAGCAGACUGUCCCAGGAGCGCAAAGCAUGGCGAAAGGACCACCCUUUCGGCUUUGUUGCUGUCCCAACCAAGAACCUGGAUGGUACACUGAACCUCAUGAACUGGGAAUGCUCCAUUCCAGGGAAGAAGGGGACACUCUGGGAAGGGGGUCAGUACAAGCUCAGAAUGCUCUUCAAAGAUGACUACCCCUCUUCACCCCCGAAAUGCAAGUUUGAGCCUCCCAUAUUUCACCCGAAUGUCUACCCAUCUGGCACUGUAUGCCUGUCCAUUCUGGAGGAGGACAAGGACUGGAGACCAGCUAUCACUAUCAAACAGGUCUUGUUAGGUAUCCAGGAGCUUCUCAAUGAACCUAACAUCCAAGACCCUGCUCAGGCUGAGGCCUACACAAUAUACUGUCAGAACAGAGUGGACUACGAGAAGAGGGUGAGGGCACAGGCCAAAAAAUUUGCCCCAACCUAAAGCUGAAUGUCAAAGUCAACUGAAGUACUGAAGAGCACUUGGGUCCCAGGGAUGUGGGGAUGGAAGGAGUGGAAGAAAACCAAAGGAGGGGUGAUAUGUUAACAGGGAAACCUUUGGGCAUGUGUAUAUAUAUAUAUAAAUAUGAAAAAAAUAUAUGCCAUUUUUAUUAUUUUAGCAAGUAUUUUGUUCAUAAGAAAAUGUA